GGAAAUUCUCCUAAAAAUUAAUGGAGGUCUUGUUGCUGAAAAUGCCAAGGGCAGAUGCUGCUGUCAAACAAGAAAAGACUGCUCAAUCUGUUGUCUGUGAAGAAGCCUGCAGUCCAGAAGCUAGGAAGACUGAUAUGGGAAGAAAACUUCCCAAAAAUAGUGAGCUGAAUUCGUCAUCACCCAGCCAUGAGGGCUUGGUGGAUGUCAAAGAGGAGGAUGAACUUCAGUCCGCAAAAUCUGAGAUGGGUGAGGUGAAGGAAGAAAAUGAAAGAUUAAAGAUGAUGUUAGAGCAGAUCCAGGAGAAUUACAAGUCCCUUCAAUUGCGCUUCUUUGAAAUCCUUCAGCAAGGAGCUAUCAAGAAAUCUACAGACUCAGAUCCUUCUCAUGAUGAUGAAGCUCCAGAACCUGAACUAGUUUCUCUUUCACUUGGAAGAAGUCCAACUAAUUCCAAAAAAGAUGAGAAAACAGGCAGCUCUGGCAAAACUAAAGAAGAUCAAGAGAUCAAGGCCGGUUUAACUCUGGGGUUAGACUCUAAAUUUCAACUGUCUACAGAGAUUGUGUCAAAUCCAGGCCCUGAAAAUAGUUCAGAAGAACCAAAGGAAGAUGACGCAGGUGAAACAUGGCCGCCAAGCAAGAUUCAAAAGACUACAAGAAAUGGAGAUGAAGAGGUUGCACAACAAGGCCAUGUGAAGAGAGCUAGGGUUUCCGUGAGAGCUAGAUGUGAUGCACCCACGAUGAAUGAUGGAUGCCAAUGGAGGAAAUAUGGACAGAAAAUUUCGAAAGGAAAUCCAUGCCCGAGAGCUUACUAUCGUUGCACUGUUGCACCAGGGUGUCCAGUAAGAAAACAGGUGCAAAGAUGUGCUGAGGACAUGUCCAUCUUAAUCACAACUUAUGAAGGGAACCACAACCAUCCACUUCCAGUUUUAGCCACGGCCAUGGCUUCCACCACCUCUGCAGCUGCUUCCAUGCUUUUGUCCGGCUCUUCAACAUCUCAGCCAGGCCUCAUUUCCACAGCCACAAGUACUCUUACUGCUGAGCUCAAUGGAUUAAACUUCAACCUCCAUGAUAAUUCGAGAACAAGACAGUUCUACCUACCAAACUCUACCUCACCAUCGUUCCCAACAGUUACUCUAGACCUUACCGCCUCUCCAUCCUCUUCUUCUAGUUAUUUCAGUAGGUUCUCUACGGACAUCCCUACAACAGCAAGGUUUCCUUCAGCAAGUCUCAACUUUUCAUCCUCAGAAUCCAAUAUUUUACCUACAGUUUGGGGCAAUGGCUACCCUGCUUAUGGUGCAGUACCUUAUAAUCAAUCCCACACUGAGAACUUAAACCUUGGAAAAGAGUCCCAAGAACAGUUUUACCAAACUUUCUUGGAAAAGAAUCACCAAACUGCAGCUUCUCAACAUUCAUUGACAGAAACCUUAACCAAGGCAAUCACAUCGGACCCAAGUUUCCGAUCAGUAAUAGCUGCUGCCAUUUCAUCAACGGUUAGUAGCAGUGCAAAAUCUGCAGGCCAAACUGAUCAAACAGCUGAGCGUUUUGGUCAGAAUUUGAUGCAGGUCAUUUCUCAGAAUUUAUUGACACAGAAUGGGAAGGGAUGUGCAACAAGCCACUUUACUGCAUUGACAUCUUCAAGUUCGCAAACAGGAAGUUCUCUUCAGUCCUCAUUGCCUAUAUCUAUUUUCAACAGUGCCUCUACGCCGGCUUCUGAUAAUAAAGAACACAACAAUUAAUUGAUGGGAUAAAUCAUUUUGGCACUUUGAGAUGUUAUACAUAGUGUUUUUACAAUAAGAAUGAAGAAUAUUCUUAAGUGUUUAAAUCUUUUACUCUUGUUUUGAGGUUUAUAUACAUACUUUUUGUAAAAGGAAGUUGAUAUAUAUACCCGUGAGACAGUA